AUGGAAUUGUCAAUCUUUAAAAAAGCUUUAAAUGAUAACAUAAAACUAACCAUUUCCUUAAAAACAACAGACGAAGUAAAUGACGCGUUGGAUUUUCUAACGUCAUCAAUACAGUCCGCUGCUUUGUGCGCCUCCAUUACGAAAAAUAACAAAUCCUCGCAUAAUAAAACACGGCAUCACAUCCAAAUCUUACUAUCAUAGAAACGCAAGACUAGAGCCAAGUGGCAAAAAUUAAAAUUCCCCAUUGACAAGAUUAAACUUAAUCAAUUAAGUAACCAACCUGAAAAGGUAAUUAGGAAGCAUAAAAAUGACUCUUAUAAUUCAUAUGUUGAAGCUCUUUCAACAACCAACUGCUCCUUAUGGAAGGCAACCAAAUCCCAACUACGGUUAAAACAACCUUCUCCCCCUCUUCGCAAAGCAGAUCACUCUUGGGCUAUCACUGACCUCGAAAAAGUUAACAUAUUCGCUGAGCACCUAUCGAAAUGCUUUACUCUUCAUGAUAUACAGCCUAGUGCAUCACAACCAGAAAUAGUGGAUAGCUCUCUCAAUUCACCCCUUCCCAUGUCACUUCCCGCUAAAAACACCUCUCUGGGUGAAUUUGAACACAUUAUCAAGCAACUCCCUAUUAAAAAAUCACCAGGUCAUGAUCUAAUUAGUAAUGUUAUUACAAAGAACCUUCCCAAAAAAGUCAUUGUUUUUUUGUCACACAUAUUCAACGCCAUUUUCAGACUAUCGUACUUUCCAAACACUUGGAAAUACUCGGUCAUUAUUCUAAUACCUAAGCCCAAUAAAAUACCACAAGAUCCUGCCUCUUACAGACCCAUAAGUCUUCUCCCAACCUUUUCUAAAUUUUUGAGAAAAUUCUUUUAA